CAUUUAAAUUCAGAUAAAAGUUUAAAAAUUCUAAGUUAUAAUGUCGAAUUCCAAGCGUUCAUCAUCCUCUCCAAAAAAUGAUAAUGAAGCCGUACUAACUUCAGCUGUGGAUGGCAAUAAUCUCUCAAAAAGCCCGCCAAAUUCAGAUUCCAAUAAAGGCAGCGGACGUUCCUCAACUCCAGGCAAUGAAGAAGUCGAAUCUCCAGGAGCAGCAUCUCCAAAGAGAGAAGAGACAAAAAUUCCCAACUCCCAUGAUGACAGUGAUAACGUAGCACAAACUUCAACUCCAAAGAGAGUGAGUAUGAAGACAGAAAGAGCUGAAAAUGUUGUUGUUGCUGAUGCGGUGUUGGAAACUACAGAGCAGCAGCAUUCAACCAAGCAAUGUCGCCUGGAAUAUUUUCGCAGUGGCAUCGAUGCCGAUUGUGAGGUUCAUGUGCCGCAGAACGGGGAGCAGCAAGGUGCCAAUGUUUGCUAUAAGAAAUUUCGAUGUCAUCGUAUAUUUUUGGCCACAGCAUCAGAAAAACUGGAGCAGGACGUUUUCCAAAAUAAGCAAUGGAAUGGUAUACUUCAAAUAAACGGCGUAUCACCGGAAAGCGUGGAAAUCUUCCUGGAAUACAUUUACACCUUCGAAGUAACAUCCUCGCUAGUUGAUCUGCGAAUUAUUGGGGAUAUAUAUAUUCUGUCUACUGCCUACAACAUGCCCGAGUUUUUACACACAUUCUCAAAGCGACUGAAGGACAUUGACUGGCCACUAGAGGAUAUAUUUCCAGCAUUCAAUUUGGCUUUCCAACACAAUUUGCCGGAACUGGAAAAUGCUUGCUUGGAAAAAAUCUUAAAUAAGGCGCAGGAGCUAAAAAUGCAAUCGAACAUUAUGAAACUGCAAAUUUACGCUUUCAACUAUCUGAUCCAGCAUUGGAUGGUAACCGAGGCCGUGACAACAAACGAAUUAAUUCAUUUACUGCAAGAAUAUCAGCGGGAAAAUGAUUUAAACUUUAAAAAUACCAAACAAUUUCCCCAUUUUACAAAGAUUGUCAAGUAUUUCCCAGACGUGCUCCUUGAUGCAGAAGGAAUAAUUAAUAUUGUAUCUUAAUUGAUACAAAUAAAAGGUAAGCAGUCCAAUAAA